AUGGCUUUACCACUAACGACAGUCGCAAAUGGUUGUCAAAACAAGUUCCUUGCUGAUUUAACAAGAAAAAAUGUGGAACAUUGCAAUGCUCCUGUACCAGCUUUCAGUAAGACUGAGCUGGAGUGUAUUAUGUUUUAUGAAAUAAGUACACGCAUGUGCUCUGAAAGCUUUCCACCUGACUUCGAUAUAAAAGAGAAUUAUACUAAAAGAAUAGAAAAUAUUGAAGAUGUGCAAACAUUAUGUGAUCAUACCGACUCCUGGAAGUUUCUCCACCUUGGAAACUACACACAGUAUAAACUAAAGCUUGAGAGAGUUUUUAACCAGAAGACAACAUGCAUUAAAUUAUGUAGUGUGGAUAGUGUUUUGGAUGUAGACUCAAACUUUUAUUGUAAAUUUUUCCAAUGGGGCACUGAAUUGUUGAAUACCCUAGAGACCACACCAAAAGCUCAACAUGAAAUCAUAUCUGAACCAACUACUCAGAAUUCUACACAAAAUAAAACUGUUUCUACAACUUUAAAAGUUGAAAAUGUCACAACUUCUAAGACUAAUGAUAAUCAAAAAAUAGCUGAAACAAAUUUAUUAGCUUCAGAGAAGAAAAGUCCAGAAAACGAAAUGAGUGCACAAUCUUCGAAUAAGGCUUCGGAAUCCAAUGUGGUUGAAAAUGAUGUUCAUAAAACAUCAUCGCAAAUACAACCAUCUGUUAAACCAGAAUCCGAGAAACCAUUGGCAGUUGCCGAAGAACCACCCAAAAAGGAAUUACUAGAUAAAAUUGAACCUCCAAUACCAGAACAAGUAAAAGAUGUUAAACCUAAUGUUGAAAGUGUUAAACAAAAUGAAUUAGAUGAUGAUGCAGAAAAUGAAUUCGGCAAUGAUCCUGAUUUAGAUGACGACCCUAUGUCAGACCAAGAGGGUGAGAAUGGAAAUGAACAAGUAGCUGAAUCAGAUCCCAAGCUUGAAGUUGAGAAACCAAAAGUUGUUGAGAAAAAAAUUGAAUCUAUAACAUCUUUACAGCAAGAUGAGAUACAAAGAGAAUCAGGAAUGUUCCCGAACCCGAUUCAAGACUCAUUCUCUGAGGAAGACGACCACUUCUUCCCAUUCUUCUUGACAGCCAUCAUAUUUGUAGUACUCCUGUAUAUAUUAUAUCACAAUAAAACCAAAUUUACUAAAGUGAUACUUGGGCUAAUAGUUGAAGGAAGACAGACAGGACGCCGUAGAAACAGUAGAGGACAUUCUUAUAGAAGAUUAGACACUCUUGAACAAGCAAUGAGUUCAAACACAGCCGCACCUCCAAGUAAAAUUAUAUACUGA